UCAGGAAAAUAUACAAAAUUAAUGAAGCCAGGAGUCACACUCAUUUCUUAUUCUGUGCAAUAGCAAUGUCUCAAGUUGAACAGGUGUGAAAAUAACUUCAAAAUGCAUCUUCACUUCGAGCGUAAUGUUAACGCUAAAUGCGAUUGUACUAUACUGUCGCUGUCAUGGAUGGGAAAGGUGCCCGACGAGUUGCCCGAGGAGGAAGGAUGGAAGUUGAACCGCAACAAUUACUACCAAGAGGGUUGGUUGGCGACGGGCAACGUGCGUGGAGUGGUCGGCGUGACUUUCACAUCUUCACACGCGAGACGGCCGCACGAAUUGCCCUUGCGUACCAACUAUAACCUACGCGGACAUAGAUCUGAUGUAAUCCUGGUGAAAUGGAACGAGCCAUACCAGAAGUUGGCAUCGUGCGACAGUUCAGGUGUGAUCUUCGUAUGGAUCAAGUACGAGGGUCGCUGGAGCAUAGAGUUGAUAAACGACAGGAGCACACCUGUUACUCACUUUUCCUGGUCUCAUGAUGGUAGAAUGGCUCUUAUUUGUUACCAGGAUGGCUUCGUGUUAGUGGGUUCGGUUGCGGGUCAGCGUUACUGGUCGUCGAUGCUGUCGUUGGACGCAAGGAUCACGUGCGGCUGCUGGACACCUGACGACGGCCAGGUGUACCUCGGCACCGCCUCCGCUCAGCUCGUCGUCAUGGACGUGCACGGCGCUAUGGUCUCACAGGUCCAACUGGUAGCUGAAGGUGGAAUAACAUCGAUGGCGUGGUCGUGCGAGAAGUUCAAGAUGGAGGAAGGCGAGGAGGGAGGCGAGAGCAGUGGUGGCCAUGUGCUGGCCGUCGCGCUGGGCAACGGCGAGAUAGUGCUGCUGCAUGGCCACGAUGACGUCAGCCCCGUGCGCGUGGCCACUGGCCUCAGGGGCAACACGCUGGCCAUGGAGUGGGCCAACUCGCGGGAAUUGCUCGCAGUAGCGGGAACGUUGAACGCAGAGUCAAACGAGCCUGCAGAUGAGCCUCCGUUCAAAAAUGUGGUCAAGUUCUACUCGGACACCGGGGCGCUCAUAUACACUGUCCCGAUACCAUACACACAGGCCCGCGUGAGUGCGCUGACAUGGGGCCACGCGGCGAGGCGGCUGUUCGUGGGCGUGGGCGGCGCGGUGUGCACGGCGCGCGUGUGGCGUGCUGUGGCGCCACUGCAGCUGCUAGCGCGCGUGCGGGCUGCGCAGUCGCUGCGACACGCGCGUCUCGCCGCUGCACUGCCCCUCCCGCCCCGCCUCCAGCCCGCCCUCGCCAGCCUCUUCGCACACACCAUAAGGUGCAAUGUACCGGAGGUGAGCGAGUUACGGCGGUUUGUAUCACGACCGCCGGGCGGGAGGCUGCACUGCACUAUGCUGCGACACGACGACGAGGAGGCGGGAGCAUACACACUCUACUUGGAGCACCUCGGCGGCCUCGUGCCACUGCUCAAAGGACGCCGCACCAGCAAGAUACGACCCGAGUUCGUCAUAUUCGAUCCACAGGCUGAAGUGUGCACAGAUGUGACUGCGGGCGUGGUGAGCAGCAGCAGCAGCAGCAGCAGCAGCGGCGCGGGGCUGGCGGGCGGCUCCCCCGCGCCCCGCACGCCUCGCCACGCGCCCCCCACACCCCGCUCUCGCCCCCCGCCCGCGCACCUCUCCUCCUGCUCCUCCGACAGCGAGAGAGAAGACGGUUGUACAGGAUCUCCCAGACUACAACGACGUAGACGCGCUCGAGAAAGGCGCAAGGCUAGGAAAUCUGGAGAAAAGGACGACCCGCCUGACGAGCUCGCAUACAUUGACUCCUUGCCUGAGGAUGUUCGUUUAGUUGAAGUCACAUCGAAUAUUUGGGGCACCAAAUUUAAAAUGCACGGGCUGGCUAAAAAUGUUCCUGCAAACUUAGGUCAAGUCACUUACAAAACUUCUUUGCUCCAUUUGCAACCGAGACAAAUGACGUUAAUGAUAACAGAAUUGCGGGACGACUAUCCCGUAGAUCCCGAUCCGAAUUUUAACCCAAACAUAUUUUCCGAAGACGAGGAAGAGGUAUUCCAGUCAAAUGACUCGAGUUCGCCUUCGCAUACAAAUAAUAACAUUAGGCGUAAAUUAACUAUCAACGAACGAAUUAAUAAUUCAAAUAAUGUUAUGUCUCAAAAUGAAACCUAUUCCAGUAAUAACAAUAACUCGAACCCGUCUAUAGCGCGAGCGGAAUCAUACGACGAAUUCCCAUACAUAGAUACGAAUGAUUCCGUCAACGUGUCGGAGAGCGUGUACUCGACGCCCGUGCGGCACCCGGCGCCGGCGCCGACCGAGCGGCGAGUGAACAACGCGGCGGGGGUCCCCAACCGGCACGCCAUCUCCCCGCUCAGGUGCGAGAGCUCGGUUCCUACCCUACAGUCCCCGAAGAAUGCUGUCGCCCCGACAGACAUCAUUUUCGAAAGACCUUCCCCGCAAACGGUAACUUGUGGAGGUCGCGGAGACUUCUGCGGCGGCCGGGCGGACUACAGUGUUCGUGGCGACAACGUAACUCUAAAAAAUAAUAUACCAAACAUCGAACAACAAUCGUUCAAUUUAAACCUUAGCGUAGAACCGAGUAGGCAAGUUACAAUUAAAAAAUGCGAUAACCACGUUUCGGACAACUGUCUCUCAAAGUUACGCAAAAACAUUUGCAACAGGGGCGAAUCGGCGUCAUUCGAAGUUAAUACUAGAAUACUGAAAUCUUUGUGUAACAAAAACUUCGAGCACGAGGUGCACCCGGACGCCAUGACGCGGCGCGCGGAUAAUAUAAAAAAUCUUCAAAAGGGUGAAGAUUUGAAAUUCAUCGACGAGGAAACUCCCAUAGAAACCACGAUAAACAAUUUGAGCGAUAGACCUCGGGAGAUGAGGGUGCAGAGGACGACGACGGUGGUGCCCAUCAGCCCGGUGUGCGCCAGUUUGCCCGUAUACGACACUAUGACGCGCAGCUGCAGCGUAGGCUACCUGGAUCUCGUCGACCCUCAAGUGCUGCGCGCCCACAGCCUUACCACUUUGCGCGGCGAGCAGCCCCGGAGAUUGGUCCUGGUGAACAACAAACGCCAAAGGAGAGCGAAGCGACACUUCCGGACGAACGACAUCAAGCAAAUAGAAAGUAAAACGCCCAGCUUAAAAAAAUGUGGGAAAUCUCGCAGUCUCGAUUCGGGCGAGCUAUCGAUAACAGUGGAGAAGUGCAAGCGGCAGUCGCGGGCCGACAGCAACCAGAGGAGCGAGGCGGCGUCGGCACAAUCGAGCAGCCGCUGCACCAGCACGGGGGAGGACAACAGCGGGACGAGCACGGAGGAGGGCGGGGCCGGGGGCAGGGGGCGGCGCACGCGGCGCGACUACCCGGUGUGCACGCGCUGCCGCCUCGUGUCGCCGUACGACCGGCGCGACGUGGACGCCGCUACCUACGUGUGCGUGGCGUGCAGCACGCGUGCCACUGCCCCGCUCCCGCCCGCGCCCCCGCCGGUACCUGUCCUCGCCACCGACAGCGACUCCGACUACAGCAAGUAUUAUAGUUCACUAGAGCAAUUGGCGUUGCGGCUGCUGGCCGCUAGAGGUCGGGGUGCGCGCGGGGCCGGGGGCGGGGGAGGUGCCCGCGAGGUGAGCUCAGCACCCGCAUCGCCCCGCCCACAGCGGCUACCGCGCGCUCAGCCCGCACCAGCCUCCGCCGCCUCCCCCGCCUCGCCCGCCUCCCCGGCCAGCACGCGCCGCUCGCGGUACUCCUCGGCCUCGCCUAUACGACAACUCCUGAACUCUCCGCUGCUGAACCGGCGGCGCAACAAGAAGCCGUCGGAGAGCUCGGACGACGAGUUCUCCAACGGCUACAGCGAAGUCAACGGCAAGAAUUAUAGAGACCUCGAGAGCUUCCAGAAGGCGCAGCUCAGAAACAAGCUGAAGCGCGCGGGAGGCGUGCCGUCGGGCGCUGUGGGCGGGCCUGGUGUUGGCGGGAGUGCGGGCGCAGGUGGGGGUACGGCGGGCGGGCAGGCGCGCCGACAGCUGCUGAUGCACAACAAGGCGCCCAUGUGGAACGAGAACAGUCAGGUGUACCAGCUCGAUUUCGGCGGCCGCGUCACGCAGGAAUCCGCCAAGAACUUUCAGAUCGAGUACCACGGGAAACAGGUGAUGCAGUUCGGUCGCAUCGAUGGCAACGCGUACACCCUGGACUUCCAGUACCCAUUCUCUGCGCUGCAGGCGUUCGCAGUCGCGCUAGCCAACGUCACCCAGCGCCUCAAGUAGACUACCGUAUAGCCGUAAUACAGCUUAAGACCCCUUUUCCACUGAUCAGUUAGC